UUGCCGCUUCUUCGACCACGCGAUUUUGUAAGACGACAUGCCUAUGCGCAGCGAGGCGAACCCUGGCUUGCUUGCGACAGCCCCUUGCUUUCUCCCGUCCUCGCGCAGCAGUGCUUACCAGUUUGAAGUAUGGCUCUACCGAACACCUCCGGCGACCACAAUUGGAACAUGCUCGUCCUCGCGCGACUGCUCCGAUGAACUUUUACCAGCCUUCUUGACAUUCUCUGCGUUGCUCUUGAUACAACCGCCGCCCAGCUCAGUCUCUCUGAUUCAACGUCUCCCCAGCUGCCGUUCAAUCUACGGGCACAGGACUCACUGCAGGCAAGGAGGAAAUGGCCAUAUAUUGAGGUGGAUCCGGCUGCUUCGUUGACGGCACAAACAUAAAUCGUACAGCUGGAAGCUCGACCCUGACGCCCAGAAUUACGAGCAGUCCGGGGACUUCUCCAGCAG